CAAUUUGUAGACUGUUGUUCCCAGAGUCUUUGCUCGAUAGCCUCGCUUGGAUUUACGAUCAAACAAAUUUCAAGGGAUUGUGUCACUAAACCGCGUAGCCGCAUUGUUUUUAGCUGGGUAAAUUCUAUAUCAAAUGCUCCUCAGUCCAUAAUAAUGGAGAAGCAAACAAUAUGAGGCUUCCAGUUGCAGCAGUGGCUCUGAUGGUAAUGCUAGGCAGUUUCGGUGGGGCUUUUGGUAUUAGAUUUGUGAUAGAUAGAGAAGAGUGCUUCUCUCACAAGGUGGAGUAUGGAAACACCGUUCAUUUCUCCUUUGUGGUGAUUAAAUCUGAGAAUACAUGGCAUUACAGUGAAGAUGGUGUAGACCUUGUGGUUAAGGGACCAAAUGAUGAACAGGUCCAUGACAUCCGAGACAAGACAAGUGACAAGCAUGAAUUUGUGGCUUAUCAUCAAGGAGUUUACCGGUUCUGUUUCACCAAUAAGUCCCCGUAUCAUGAAACCAUAGACUUUGAUGUGCAUGCUGGUCACUUUUUGUACCAUGAUGAGCAUGCUAAAGACGAGCAUUUCAAACCUCUUUAUGAGCAUAUUGGGAAGCUAGAGGAAGCUUUGUACAAUAUUCAGUUCGAGCAGCAUUGGCUAGAGGCUCAAACUGAUCGUCAGGCUAUAGUGAAUGAGAGAAUGAGCAAAGGAGCGAUUCAUAAAGCCAUAUUUGAAUCAGCUGCUCUGGUUGUAGCCAGCGGUUUGCAAGUCUACAUUUUGCAGCGUUUAUUUGAGAGAAAGCUUGGAGCAUCAAGAGUUUGAUCUUGUACUUUUAUUAGUGUGCAAAAUUGUGGAAUUUUGAAGCUCCAAUUCUCAUUUAACUUAAUCUUACCUUAUAACAUGCACUUAGCUACAACCUCUCUGAAAUUAAUUAUGCUCGUGUACUCUAUUUUUUUGUGCAAAAUAUAACGGCAAGAAUUCUUUA